ACCAGUCUCUGAGAUGGAGAGAUCAAGAGCUGUUCUUAUCACUCUCAGCUGUGUUUUGUUCUCCAGGAUCUCUGGAGAAGAGGUGGAGAUUAGAGUCAGACCAGGAGACAACGUCACUCUCUACAGUGACUGUUUUUGGAAGCAUGGAUUUGAGACAGUGUGGUUUAAAAACUCCUCACAUGAGCACAUGGUGUUGAAGCAACAUGCCAAUCCACGUUACUCAAUUGUGUCGAAUGUCUGCAAACAAACCAGUGAUCUGCUGGUGAAGAACGUCAGUGAGUCAGACCUCGGCUUGUACUACUGUGCUGUACAGAAGAAGAGUUCUGCCAAAGAUAAAACUCGGGCUUGUUCUUGGGAAGAAGUUUGUCAUUUUGGAACCAGGACCACUCGACUCUCUUUCCUUGACACAACGCUCCAGACCACCCCCACCCCCACCCCUCCUUUAUCAGACUGUAGCGUCUGCUGGAAGCUACUGGUCAGUGUGUGUCCUGUGUGUGUUCUCCUCUCCUUCAGCUUUGUGUACUGCAUCUACAGAUACAUAAAUAAAGUGACAGUGGAGAAAAAAGAUGAUAUGGGAGAGCGGAAGAAAACAACAAGUAGAAAAAAUGACAAGGUUGGAAAAGAUGAAGUGUGCUAUGCUUCGUUGGAUCUCCCAAGCAGAGGACAGAAACGGAUGAAGAAGAGAGUCGAGAGCUCAGAUUUUUGUACAUAUUCUGAGGUUAAUACUAAUAAAAUUUAGCACUGCUGAGGAGGAUCUGAAUGUUCUGAAUACUGAAGAGUUCUAGCACCAUAGUUAUGAACUGAAUUGUUAACUGUAAUGGAUUUACUGCACUGUUAAAUAUCAGAAAUAUAUAUAUCUUAUUAUGCAUAUAUGCUGCAUUUCAUCAAUAAAUGGUAACUGUUUGGACAAACACA